UAAUUGAAUGUCAGAGAUGCCAACAAAAGUCAAGCAGAAGUUCACACGGAUUUAACAGACUAAAGAAUGAUCACCAUGCCAGAACAAGUCAAUAGAUGAAUACUUCCAUUUAUUUUUAUUGAUUUUACUGAUGUUGCUGGGCAGGUAACCUUGGGGACGACAAAGAAACAACAGUACCAUUCUUCAGGGCUGCAGCCAGAGCGAGCUUGGUAGAUGAAUCUCUAUCCAGUUUCUGUUGUGCUGCUGCUACUCUGCUUCUUGAACAAGAUCAUAGCAUCCAGUGAUGAUCCAACUGAUGUUUCAGUCAACUGUGGGUCAACCGGCACUUCUGCAGCACGCAGCGGUAGGGAAUGGCGGGGAGACUCGUCCAAAAUGAUAACUUCCUUAGUAGAUAUAAAGGGCUCAUCAACCACAUCUGGUGUCAUCCAUGGCCAUAACUUGAAUUUGGGUCCAAUUCCGUACAAGACAGCACGGCUAUCUCGGACUAAGUUCUCCUAUGCAUUUCAGCUGAAUCCAGGUCAGAAAGUUAUUCGCCUUCACUUCAGUUCAGCUCCAUAUAAAGGCUUCAAUAGGUACAAGGACUUGUUUACUGUGGAAGCCGGUCCUUUCACCUUGCUGAGCAACUUCAGUGCUUCCCUUGCUGCCGGUGCUCUUGGCGUGAAUUCUUUUGUGAAAGAAUUCUGUAUAAAUGUAGAAGAUGAUCAUCUGCUCCAGGUAAGUUUCACUCCUGCUAGCAGUCAAUUACAUGAGUUCUAUGCCUUCAUUAAUGGAAUUGAGAUCAUAUCAGUACCUGCGGCUAUCUCUUACUUCCACACUGAAGAUAUUGGUGUUCCAUUAGUAGGGAAAUCUCCUUUCUAUAUUGAUAGCAACACCGCGCUUGAAAUUAUCCGCCGGCUUAAUACCAGACAGGGUUCCAUUUCGACGUCAAAUGAUGAUAUUGGUGAUGGGUUUGGAAUGUGGGAAACUGUACCCAAGCAAAAAGAAAAAAAGGCCAACAAUGUUACCUGGAGAGUAUCUGUAGAUGUUGGAUUCAGGUACUUGGUGAGGCUUCAUUUCUAUGGGAUGGGACUGAAGUUUGCGGAGCUCGGUGCUAAUGCUUUUGAAGUCUAUAUUGAUAACAAGAUUGCGAACACUACUUCAGGCAUAGUCGAAGACAGACGUGGCUGGUAUAGGGACUAUAUGGUAGUGAUGAGAGGGAGCAAGCAUGAAGGUAAACGUGAUAUUUCAAUUUGCCUGCAAUCAAGCGAUGAAGUCAUGGAUGGACAUGGACUCCUUAAGGGAUUUGAAGUACUGAAAUUGAGCAACCCUGACAAUAGUCUUGCCGGUGCAAAUCCUACUCCAUUUGUGAAUGACUCCACACACAAGAUUCUACAAAUAGUACUCAGAGUUAUUGGCCACAAGAGUGCACUUGCCGCUGCUGCCAUGAUAGUUCUUGUUGUUGUGAAUACGAUCGUAUAUAUAUUGUGGAGAAUCCAGGAAGCUAGUCAUACAGAGGAAGAAAACAGGCCUUCGGCCAAGGCUGAACGACUUUGUCGCCGCUUUUCAUUAGCAGAGAUCCAAUUGGCAACUAGAAAUUUCAGUGAUGCACACCUCAUAGGAAGGGGUGGAUUUGGUAAAGUUUACAAAGGUAUUAUUGACAAUGGGCAAGAAACUGUUGCAAUAAAGAGGUUAAAAGCAAAAUCCCAUCAAGGGGCGUACGAGUUCUUGACGGAGAUUGAAACACUAACAGAACUCCGCCAUGCUAAUCUAGUGUCUCUUAUUGGUUACUGCAAUGAGCGUAAGGAGAUGAUUCUUGUGUACGAGUAUAUGGCAUUCGGGACUCUGGCAGACCACCUUUUCAAACUUGUAAGGGAUGAUGACAGCAAUCCCUCUCUUACCUGGAGGCAGUGCUUAAAUGUAUGCAUUGGAGCUGGUAGAGGGCUGGACUAUCUUCACACUGGCCAUUCAAUCAUACACCGUGAUAUAAAAGCUUCAAACAUCUUGUUGGAUGAAGACUUCACUGCUAAGGUUUCGGAUUUUGGCUUGGCUAAACAUUUGAGCUCAAGAAAGCUGCAACAAAGCCAUGUCAGCACAAAAGUUAAGGGGACCUUUGGAUACUUGGAUCCAGAAUACUUUAGUACCGGUAAACUUACUAAGAAAAGUGACACCUACUCCUUUGGAGUAGUGCUAUUGGAAGUGUUGUGUGGGAGGCGAGCCAUUGAUCGAGGGUUUUUAGGGAAUGAACAAAUCUUGAUCAGGUGGGCUCAAGAAAACAUUAGCCAGGGAAAAACUGAUCAGAUAGUAUCUUCGAGUCUCAAAAAUGAAAUCUCAGACGGUAGCUUGAAGGCCUUUGUUGAGAUUGCUGAGAAAUGCCUGUAUAGUGAACCCAAGAAACGACCAACGAUGGCUCAAGUUGUUAUACAGCUUGAGUAUGCACUCGAGCAGCAAGAGAACCCAAACUCUAUUGUAUCAAGUGAGAAGAGUAAUUUGGCCGAAAACAGUCCAUUAAAUGAAGAAGCCAGCACUUCAGACAGCCCUGUGCAACUUAAAAUGGCCUCUGAAGAUGUAGUUAAUGUAACACCUCCGACCAAAGAUGAGUUAAACUACAAUGGGGUCAAUGCUGAGCUUCCCCCUAGUAAUAAAGAUCAUAGGAAAGCUAGAACGUAUAAUGGAUUUCGAUUUUGGCCACGGGUUGCAUUUUGGAAUAGAAGUCAAGAAUCCAACAAAAAUGAAUUACCAUCAGCAGGUACUUGUGUUUCUGAAGUGGAUAAACAUACAGUAGAUAUCUUGCAAAUCUCUAUUCCUUCCAUUACAUUAGACGAAUUAAAGAAUGCAACUGAUAAUUUUAGCUCGACAUGGCUUAUUGGUGAGAGAAUCUACGGAAAUGUAUAUCAUGGAAGGCUGAAAGAUCAGAAGGUGGCAGAAAUUAGAAUUAUACAAUUUAUUAAGAUGCCAGAGCAAGAAUUUCAGGCAAAGGUUUCUCUGGCAUCCACUCUAAAGCAUAAGAACAUUGUCGAGUUAUGUGGGUAUUGUGUUGACACUGAAUUCCAAGCUUUGGCUUCUGAGUUUUCUCCAUAUGGAUCCCUAUACGAUAUUCUUCAUGGAGAUAAAGAAUUUGCAAACUCACACAUGGUUCUAUCAUGGGCUCAGAGAAUAAAAAUUGCCGUUGAGGCAGCAGAAGGAUUAGAAUUCAUUCACGGCAAAGGACUUGUCCAUUGUAACAUAAAGUCCCGGAGUAUUUUACUUUUUGAUGGGUUAACUGCCAAGAUUGAUAAUGAUCUUCAAUUUCAAGCUGUUAACAAUGCUAAACGGCUCCUAUAUAGCACCACGGUUGUUCAGACUUUCGGCUAUGAUCCCCCUGAAUACGCAUGGACUGGUGUACUAAACCACAAGACCGACAUUUACAGCUUCGGCGUAGUCCUUCUGGAACUAUUGACUGGUUCCAAAUCAGUUGAUCACAUUCGACCGCGGGGACAACGAAGUUUUGUGACAUGGGCCUUACCUCAUCUUAGUGAAGACAAGGUGCAUCAAUGUAUUGACAAGAAACUGAAGGGAGACUAUCCUCCAAAGGCAGCAGCCAAGAUGGCUGCGGUGGCUGCGUUGUGCGUGCAAUACGAAGCUGAUUUUCGUCCCCCCAUGAGCAUUGUACUCAAAGCUCUGAAGUCAAUUCUUCCACCUGAAGUGGCUCAUCCAUGGCAGAUAGAUACUGCACUGUAAGUGCAAGUGUAAAAUAUCUAAUGCUUCUAUAGAAGCCCAUAUUUAAGUUAUACAUGUAUUAAUGUGAUAAGAUAAGAAAGAAAGAAAGAAGGAUUUUAUUUCUUUUAUAUGUCAAGUUAUAGUAGAAUAUGUUACUAAAUGCAAAAGAAAAUGGUUGCUCUAAAUAACAAACAUGUUUAUUGCUAGAAUUUACAAAGCUCAAAA